AUGUCAUCUGAAAAAAUUUUGCCACAAUCCUAUCCCUGUCCAUAUUCGCCGUCUAGUGGUCUUCCUUAUAAGUUUAAACGUGUAGUCCUGGCUCCAAAAUAUCGACAUUGGUUCUUUCCUAGGAUGAAAGUGCUGGAAUCGUCGAAUAAGGAUAAUCAAACGCAAAAGACGAAGACGUUCCAGCACUACUUGCCUGAGGGUGACCGAUGCUAUAGUUGUGUACAUUGUCGUGCAAAUCUAGCCAGCCAUAAUGAUCUUAUCUCUAAGUCAUUUCAAGGAAGUCAAGGCAAAGCUUAUCUCUUCAAUUCAGUUGUAAAUAUCGGGACAGGACCGGCUGAGGAGCGAGUUUUACUAACAGGCCUUCAUGCUGUAGCCGAUAUCUAUUGCCAGUGUUGUAAGACGACACUUGGUUGGAAAUACGAACAUGCUUUUGAGUCGAGUCAAAAGUACAAGGAGGGGAAGUUUAUCAUCGAACUAGCACAUAUGGUGAAGGACAAUCAAUGGGAAGAUGGUAAAAAGCGGAAAUCGAUCUGACUGAGUGAACUACGUCGACAUUGUGCUCGCGCAUGCAAGCGCGCUGUUGCGUUGCUUGUCGCGGCUCGAGUCCUUCUCCACACAUACACAAUACGCCCAUACUUUCGCUUUGCGCACCCUUCAAUUGUGUACAUACUUUGUUUAUAGGCGAUGAUCUACCGCCGCGAUUUAUAGCCGGAUGUUGUGUAAUUUCUUGUCUAUCGUAAGCAUUAUUUGCUAGAAAAGACCCUGUUGUAUGCACGAACGCUAUAUUUCGAACUAUGGUAGUCCGCAACUUCUGUAAUUAAUGACUGUAGAUCAAAUCGAAUCAGGUAGUUCAAAGACGAGUUCCUAUGUAUUUUUCCUCACACAUCCUCGGUUGGAAAACAAUUUCCGAUGCAUAUAUGUCAUUGUUGAUUAUUCUUGUAUGUUCUUUGCUCCAUGCCCAUCGAUACAACCAACGAGUAGAGACGCAGGGUUUUGUGCGCGUCUCUAACUGUCUGCACCCUCCCAGCACAAUUGGUCGUACCCUGAAUAGUGAUGUGUGGAAUCUAAAUGCCGUUAUAUGAUCUGAACGUCAUUGAUGGUCAGCUUCGAGCCAUUUGAUCGGGGG